AUUCCAGUGUUCUUCUUCUUGACAGUACUGUUUGGAACAAGGUGCUACACAGGUCCUUAUAGGAACGUUGAGAAAGGUAUCCUCAUUCUCUAUAUGCUGCUGCAAGGGACUACUAUAUCAGACAUGGGUAUCCACCACCUUGACUGCCUUGCACUGGAUGGAGGAUACACGCUGCACUUGGAAGGCAUAAUAGCUGCAAGCGACACACUCACAUCAUCAAAUUUUUGCUACCCAAUCCGCAAGCGCAAGGGCAUUGAGUUGACAGAAGAGGAGAUCAGAUACAAUGCAGUGUUUGGCAGCUUUCGCUCUAAGGUCGAGAGUUACUUUGGAGAUAUGCAGACCACAUUCACAAAAUUCAGUCAUACUGUAGUGAAUAGAGUGUCUGACAAGAGUAUCUUCUCGCUACAGUACAAGCUAUGCUGCCUGCUCCUCAAUAUCAAGCGUAUGGUCGCGUUGCGCAACAUCACAACGGAGCUACAUCACAGCUUCUGGAUCCAGGAUGACUUCGAUUUCCCU